GUAAAUGCCAGUUCAGUCAAAACGUCGCGACGGCGUUAAAUAGUUGCUGUUUGCACACUGAACUGAGAGUAUACAUACAGUAACAAGUUCCAUAGUUGUUGUUUUUUCCAUCGAACACUUUUCCCAGUCAUCGACGUGUUUGAUUUUUGCGUUUUUCCAAUUUUAUUAUUUUCCAUUCAUGUUUGAUAUCAAGUGACCGACAAAAUUGACGAAAUAAAUUAUUGAUGGUGAACUAGUGACUAAUUUACAGAAUAAAAAUGGAUACAAAUAUAUUCAAAAUAUUUGUAUUUUAUUUGUUGUGUAUAAUAACAACGAAAGCAGAUAACUACUAUGAAAAUGCAUAUUAUCCACAGUAUGAAUGCAAUAUACCGCUAUUAGAUCAGGCAGCCAUAACCGCGACAUCAUCACUGAGGGAGAGAGGUCCACAGAAUGCACGCUUGAAUGCGCCCUCAUCAUGGACACCAGUCGAAAACACUUAUUACCAUUUUUUAACAUUUGAUUUGGGCGCAGUUAAAAUUAUUAAUAAAAUCGCAACACUUGGUCAUAAGCAUACACAAGAAUAUGUCACCGAAUUUGUCAUACAGUAUUCGGACGACGGAGAAUUAUGGCGAUCAUAUGUUAGCCCUGGUGGUGAGGUUCAGAUGUUCAAGGGAAAUGUGGGAGCCGAUUCGAUAAAAUACAAUGUGUUUGAGGUGCCGAUAAUCGCACAAUGGGUCCGCAUUAACCCAACACGUUGGAGAGAUCGUAUUUCACUAAGAGCCGAACUGUAUGGUUGUGAAUAUGUUUCCGAUGUAUUAAAUUUCAACGGUUCAAGUUUGGCCCGAUUAGAUUUACUACGUGACCCAAUCGCUUCACUUUAUGAAUCGAUUCGUUUCCGUUUCAAGACUGCCUAUGCAAAUGGUAUUGUUCUAUAUUCUCGCGGUACACAAGGCGACUACAUUGCUCUUCAGCUCAAAGACAAUCGAAUGAUAUUGAACAUUGACUUGGGCUCUGGCUUGAUGACAACACUAUCGGUGGGAAGUUUACUUGACGAUAAUGUUUGGCAUGAUGUUGUAGUUUCACGAUAUCAACGCGACAUCAUCUUCUCAGUGGAUCGUGUCAUCGUACACGGACGCAUCAAAGGCGAAUUUAAUCGAUUGAAUUUAAAUAGAGCUAUUUAUCUCGGCGGUGUGCCCAAUAUACAGGAAGGUAUGGUUGUACAACAAAAUUAUACGGGUUGUGUUGAAAAUCUCUACUUGAAUUCAAGCAAUUUCAUUCGUGAAAUGAAAUAUGCAUAUGAAAUUGGCGAAUCAUUACGAUAUGAAAAAGUGAAUGCAUUCUACAGUUGCCCCGAUCCACCAAUAACACCGGUCACAUUCUUGACACGUUCAUCAUUUGCCCGAAUGAAAGGCUACGAAGGUAUGAAACAAUUGAACGUUUCAUUUUACUUCCGAACAUAUGAGGAUCGUGGUUUAAUGGUCUACCAUGAGUUUACAUCGCGUGGCUAUGUAAAAGUUUAUCUUGAAUUUGGCAAAGUAAAAGUUGAUAUUAAAACGGGCGAUGGACAAAAAACCAUAUUGGACAAUUAUGAUGAGCAAUUCAACGAUGGUCGAUGGCAUUCGUUGGUGUUGACUAUUUCAAAAAAUAGUCUUGUGCUCGAUAUCGAUCAACGUCCAAUGCCCACAACUCGUUUAUUAGACAUGACAACCGGUGGCGUAUAUUUCAUUGGUGGCGAUAUGAAAGGAAAAGAUGGUUUUGUUGGAUGCAUGCGUACAAUUACGGUUGAUGGAAAUUACAAAUUGCCAUCAGAUUGGAAAGAAGAAGAAUAUUGUUGUAAGGGUGAAAUUGUUUUUGAUGCAUGUCACAUGAUCGAUAGAUGUAAUCCGAAUCCAUGUCAACACUCUGGUAUUUGUCGUCAAAAUUCACGAGAAUUCUUCUGUGACUGUAGCAAUACAGGAUAUGCGGGCGCUGUGUGUCAUACGGCAUUGAAUCCAUUAUCGUGUCAGGCAUACAAAAAUGUGCAAUCGGUUCAACAAAGAGCAACGGUUCAUAUCGAUGUCGAUGGAAGCGGGCCACUUGAUCCAUUCCCUGUAACUUGUGAAUUUUAUGCAGAUGGUCGUGUUGUUACCGUACUUAGUCACAGCAAAGAACAUACAACGUCUGUUGAUGGUUUCCAAGAGCCGGGCUCAUUUGAACAAAAUAUCAUUUACGAAGCAAGCUUACCACAGAUUGAAGCACUGUUGAAUCGUUCAACAAAUUGCUGGCAACGUUUAUCAUAUCAAUGUAAAUCAUCACGACUAUUUAACUCACCAUCGGACGAACAAACAUUUCAUCCGUAUUCUUGGUGGAUCUCAAGACAUAAUCGUCGUAUGGAUUAUUGGGCUGGCGGCUUGCCGGGCUCACGUAAAUGUGAAUGCGGUAUUCAGGGCAGCUGCAUUGAUCCAACGAAAUGGUGCAAUUGUGAUGCCAAUGAACUUGAUUGGCAAGAAGAUAGCGGUGAAAUUCGCGAAAAGGAACAUUUACCGGUGAAAGCAGUUCGUUUUGGUGAUACAGGAACACCGUUGGAUGAAAAACAAGGAAGAUAUACAUUGGGUCCGUUGAUGUGCGAAGGUGAUGAUCUCUUCAAUAACGUUGUUACAUUCCGUGUUACCGAUGCAACCAUCAACUUGCCAUCAUUUGAUAUGGGCCAUUCGGGCGAUGUUUACUUUGAAUUUAAAACAACCAUUGAAAAUGCAGUCUUAUUCCAUGCAAAGGGACCAACUGAUUACAUUAAAUUAAGCAUUAUUGGCGGUAAAAAGAUACAAUUCCAAUAUCAAGCUGGAAGUGGACCACUCGGUGUUAAUGUUGAAACAAGUUAUCACUUAAAUGACAAUCAAUGGCAUUCCGUUAGUGUUGAACGCAAUAGAAAAGAGGCACGACUCGUUGUUGAUGGAUCGUUGAAAGCUGAAGUUCGUGAACCUCCAGGUCCAGUUCGUGCUUUACACUUGACAUCGGAAAUGGUUAUUGGUGCAACAAUUGAUUAUCGCGAUGGAUUCACUGGUUGCAUGCGUGCAUUGCUACUUAACGGUCAACUUAUCGAUUUAAAAUCAUAUGCAAGACGUGGUUUGUACGGUGUAUCAACCGAUUGUGUUGGACGUUGCGAUUCAAGUCCAUGUCUAAACAAUGGCACAUGCUUCGAACGUUAUGAUGGUUAUACUUGUGAUUGCCGUUGGAGUGCAUUCAAAGGACCAAUUUGUGCUGAUGAAAUUGGUGUUAAUUUGAGAUCAAGCUCCUCCGUUAAGUAUGACUUUUUGGGCAGUUGGCGUUCAACCAUUGCUGAAAAUAUUCGCGUUGGUUUCACUACAACCAAUCCUCAUGGUUUCUUACUUGGAUUUUCAUCAAACAUUUCGGGCGAAUAUCUAACAAUUAUGAUUUCGAAUUCGGGUCACUUACGUGUUGUAUUCGAUUUUGGAUUUGAACGACAAGAAUUGAUCUAUCCAAAUAAGCAUUUUGGCUUAGGACAAUAUCAUGAUGUUCGAUUUUCAAGAAAGAAUUCGGGUUCAACGGUUGUUUUGACGGUCGAUAAUUAUCAGCCUAAAGAGUAUCACUUUGACAUAAAAGAAUCAGCCGAUGCACAAUUUAAUAAUAUACAGUACAUGUAUAUCGGUAAAAAUGAAUCGAUGAAUGAUGGUUUCAUUGGAUGCGUGUCUAGGGUUGAAUUUGACGACAUUUAUCCACUGAAAUUACUUUUCCAAGAAAAUGGACCGAAAAAUGUUAAAUCGAUCGGAUCUACAUUAACCGAAGAUUUCUGCGGCGUAGAACCGGUGACACAUCCACCCAUUGAAUUAGAAACUCGGCCACCACCGCUGGUCGAUGAAGAUAAAUUGCGAAAGGCAUACAGUCGCGUCGAUUCAGUCGUUUUAGGAGUCAUUUUGGCGCUAUUGUUCUUGUUGUUAGUUGUGAUGGCCGUUUUAAUUGGUCGCUAUUUGAACCAACACAAAGGAGAAUAUCUAACGCAAGAAGACAAGGGUGCUGAUAUUUGUGAUGAUCCAGAUGAGGCGGUUAUUAAUUCAGCGACGGGGCAUCAAGUAACCAAGCGAAAAGAAUGGUUCAUUUAAAUCUGCUCAAAGCAUUACGAAUAGGCACCAUAUUUUAAUCGUUUUCCAAUUCAAAAUAGAGAUGGUAUCGAGACAGAGAUAGAGAAAGAGAAAUAGAAAAAGAGAGUUAGAGAAAGAAACAGAAAGUCUCCAGUGCAUUGAACCAAAAAAAAAAAAGAUAAGAAAGAAGUAAAAUAUAGAUCUGAUUCCAUAUUCGAGUAAAAAUUUAAAAGUGUUUUUUGUCAAAACUCAAAGGCUAAUAAUAUUUUGACAAGCGGGACUUUUCGUAUGAAAAAAACAUAGCAACACAAGCAUCUAGUGAACUUUUAAUUACCACAACAUUUUGUAUAAAGUCAGUACAAAUCGAAUCUCUUUCACCGUUGAAUAUCGAUAGUAACAUUUGUUUUAUUUAAAAAAAAAAAGAAAAAAUAAUAACAGAAUCUAAGAUCAUAAGAAGAGAAAUGUGUGUUACACAUUCACAAGCCAUGUUGAAAUGUGCAUUCACACCGUCAAAACAAAAAUGAAUCUUUUUGAUCAGAAAAUGAAUUUUUUUUAUUAAUUUUUAAGUAUGUUUAGUGUUUAGACUUUCGUUCCCGUCCAUAUGUUUACUUACUUUACCAAGAUUUUUUUUGACAUAAUUUUUUAGAGUUAACAAAAUAAAAAUAAAACGAGAGCAUCUCUUGCAUUUCAGAA